AUGGUGAGCAGCAGCUACUGCAGCGGAUAUGUGGUGUAUGAAAACCGAAUGACCUCCUCGUAUGAAGUGGGGAUUGGACCAUAUGGUUCCAUCACAAGGGACAGUCAUUUUGAGUUUCUCUUCCAGUGUAGAUAUUCGGGAACUUCUGUGGAAGCUCUGGUUGUGGAGGUCAACUCUGUUCCUCCACCUCCACCAGUAGCUGCUCCUGGACCUCUCAGGGUGGAGCUCAGACUGGCCAAUGGCCAAUGUGUCACCAAAGGCUGUGCUGAAGGGGAUGAGGCCUACACGUCCUAUUACAGUGACGCUGAUUAUCCCAUCACAAAAGUCCUGCGAGAGCCUGUGUAUGUUGAGGUGCACAUUAUGGAGAGGACCGACCCCAACAUUGUCCUGACGCUGGGACGUUGUUGGACGACUUCAACCCCCAGUCCACUCAGUCUCCCCCAGUGGGACCUUCUGAUCGACGGAUGCCCUUACCAGGACGACCGCUAUCUGACCACACUGGUUCCAGUGACUGGAUCGUCUGGUCUUCAGUUCCCAACCCACUACAAGCGCUUUGUUGUGAAGAUGUUCACAUUUGUAGAUCCAGCCUCACUGGCUGCUCUGAAGGAAACCAUCUUCAUCCACUGCAGUACAGAGGUGUGCCAUCCAUCAUCUGGCUCUUGUGAGCAAAGCUGCACUAGGAAACGAAGAGACACUCGUAUCAAGGCUGUCUCUGGGGAGCAGACUGUGGUUUCUAGUGGAGAAGUUACUCUGGUCAUGUAAAUCUAGUGUUUUU